CAUUUGUGUGUCAACAAGUCAACAACUAAUUCCAACAUGUUCAAGUUCAUUGCCGUCGUUGUGCUUGCGCUGAUUGCCUGCGUUGCCGCCAAGCCCGGCCUUGUGGCCUACUCCUCGCCCUAUGUGGCCGCCGCACCUGCCGCCGCCGUCUACAGCAGCGAGUACCACGGCAACUUCGCCUCACCCUAUGUGGCAGCUCCCUACUAUGCUGCAUCGCCUUAUUAUGCCGCAGCGCCCUACACUGCCGCCUACACCGCAGCCGCGGCUCCUGUGCUGCUGCGCAAGUAGAUAAAGCCCCCAACGAUCCGGAAAUAUUGUCCACACUACUGUCUGUCGCAUAAAUAA